GCCAGCCAUUCGGACCUGGGGAGAAUAGCCACUCGCCAUGUCUGAUCCAGAGUGUAUGAGUCACGCUUGCAGAUGCCAAGCGAUGUCCUCGUAUUCCAGGAACAGAAGAAGACAAGCGGUUCCUGCAUCUUCAAAACGCUGAAAAUUCUGACUCUUCUUCAACAAUCACACUAUUCAUCCACCAUGGCCUCAGAAAACCCCUCGUUGACCCCCUGGGAGAAGUUCGCCUCCACCUGGGAUGAAGGAAUGGGCGAUGAGGGGAACGACUACUUCCGCUACCUGGAACUGCCCAUCCUCGAAAAGCUGGUCAAGCCAGCGCAGGGGUUUCGUGCGCUGGACCUUGCUACUGGGAAUGGCCUUGUGGCUCGGUGGUUGGCUCAGAAGGGCGCUGCGUCUGUUGUCGCUACGGAUGGUGCGCCUGCGAUGCUUGAGUAUGCGAAAGCACGGACGGAAGGCUCUGCGUUUUCCGAUAGGAUAUCCUUUCAUUGUCUUGAUGUCACGAGCCAGGCGUCCUGGGAUGACUUCAUUGGAAGGGACCUUGGUUUGACGGACGGGGGCUUUGAUGUUAUUACAAUGAAUAUGGCCCUCAUGGACAUCCAAGACCUGUACCCUCUGGCAAAGGCGUUGAAGCAGCUCCUCAAGCCAAACGGCUGCUUCGUGGCUACCCUACUCCAUCCAAUAUUCUUUACAUCCGGGGCGUCUCGCCAGAUCCUCGUUCACGAGGACUCGGAAACGGGCGAACACAGUAUCGAGCGCUCGAUUGUGAUGACCAGAUAUUGGAACGUCCCUCCAGCAAAGCAGAUGGUCUUUCCAGGGCGGAAGGGCGAGGCGCCGUACAUGUACCAUCGCCCCUUGCACCAGCUCUUCACUCCUUUCUUCGAAGUAGGCCUUACCAUGGAUGCACUUGAGGAGACCAAUUUCGACGAAAGCUUUCGCGACCCGGUUCGUGAACAUUCGUCGAAGAACUUUACCGAGUUCCCAAAGAUACUUGGCUUUCGGAUGAGGCGCUUGGCUGAUUCAAGUUCUAUGUGAUGUGAAACAAGGAAUAUAUUCUCCAGACGGCAUAACCCCUAUAAAACCCCAUCAAAGCAAGCGCAGGCCGGGUUGCUUGCGAGAUUUCAUACGUCCUGGUUCUAAAAACUUGUCGGCUAGAUUCAACUGUUGGAUAUCGUUCUUUGCACCCGCGAGAAAAAGGCUGAUGCCAGCUACGCCUGCUAUAUACUCUGACAUGCCUGUGAUCCUGGGGCGGUAUGAUAUUCUUAGCGGAGUACACCCAGCCUCUCAUUCAAGUAUGCCGUACACUCCCCCUCUGCAAAAAGAGCAAGUAUGCAUUGGUAUGGCAUUAUGAACUACAGGCAAGAGAGGCAAAUUAUUCAAAAACGCUAUGUCCUAAGGAACCCCUGGGCUGGUUUAAGUCCUUUAGUCGCCCCGUGGGUUAUUCCACCAGCCAGCCAAGACCUCCUCCCCUGCAUAUUCAUCAACGGGCUCAUCCCAGAAUCGUAUCGGACCCGUGCAGUAGGUCUUGCCGACUCUCAGACUGGCCGCACAAUCACCAGAGCAUUAUGGAUUGACAC